CUAAUCCGGGGAUGUGCCGGCAUUGUAUGGGUUAAAUCGUCAGUCGUAAGAAUGCGUCACUGUGACGUUUUCUUUGUACACGGAAGAAACCGGGGAAAUCAGCGGAGGGCAGGGAGAGCGUCUCAUAGGUGCCUCUCCUUCAUCCAUGGUGGAUCUAAAGCAAUGGUCCAGAGAACAUGGGUCAAGCUCUGUGUAUCUGCUCGCGCAGUGCCUUCACCUUCGACAACAAGAGAUACUACUUCAUCCAGAAACUAGAUGAAGGAGGUUUCAGCUAUGUGGAUCUGUUAGAAGGUGCACAUGACGGCCGCUUCUACGCUCUGAAGCGGAUCCUUUGCCAUGACCGCGAGGGCCGCAAGGAGGCUCAGAACGAGGUGGAGAUGCACCGCCUUUUCAACCAUCCCAACAUCCUCAGCCUGACCUCACACACCUUCAUGGAGCGCGGCGGGAAGUGUGAGGCCUGGCUGUUGCUCCCAUACAUCAGUAAAGGAAGUCUGUGGGCUGUUCUGGAGAAGCUGCGGGAUAAGGGGAGCUCUAUGCCUGAGAGCCGCAUACUACACAUUCUGCAUGGCAUCUGUGAAGGCCUCCGAGCUAUUCACGACAAAGGCUAUGCACACAGGGACUUGAAACCCACCAACGUUUUACUAGAUGAGAACGAUUGUCCUUUUUUAAUGGACUUGGGCUCCAUGAACAAGGCCAAGAUUGAAGUUCGAGGGUCACGGGAGGCCAUGACGGUCCAGGAUUGGGCCGCUCAGAGGUGCACCAUCUCCUACAGAGCACCAGAGCUCUUUAAUGUGGAGAGUCACUGUAUCAUUGAUGAGAGAACAGAUAUUUGGUCUCUAGGCUGUGUGCUGUACUGCAUGAUGAUGCUGGAGGGACCGUAUGACUUGAUUUUUCAGAAGGGUGACAGUGUGGCUCUCGCCGUCCAGAAUCCAGUCUCCAUUCCACAGCCAUGCAGUUAUUCUCAAGGUCUCCAAACCCUCCUCAGCUCCACUAUGGUGACCAAUCCUCAGGAAAGGCCCAGAAUCAGCUGGGUUCUUGAGCAGGUCCAGAACCUUCGGGACUCAGACGGUACAGACGUAGAUACCAACAGAGUAUGACGCUUCCACUGAGAUUUCAUGUCUGCUUUUCAGUGGACUCUGGACAUUUGGACUAUGCACGCUCUCUUUCGGACAAAAACAACCCACUGAACUCACUUGCAAACAUUUGCUCAGUCUUACCUCAGCGAUUACACGCGAUCACACUAGCCUUCGCAACAAUGUCUCCUAUUUCACUCCAAAAUCCAUAUUGCGCAACAAAAUUAUUUGAUGAUUUUGGAGUAAAAUAUGAACAGGGCACAUUUCUGAUUUUCUGGGAUUCACUGUUAUGGCACACAAACCACACAAUAGAGGGCAAUAGCUCUAUUUGCUGUAAUGGCUGCGUUAUCACAGGCACUGGUUAUGUAUCAUCAAAUUGCUCUUUGGCUUAUGUGUCUUUUUCCAGAUUUAUUAGCUUGUACAUUUUAAGUGACCAAACCCAAUAUAUAUAUUUAUGUGGGUUUUGACUGGAAUUGUAGCUGUUUCAAAAUGCCAUUAGUUAGGUUAUUUAAACAACAUUUCUGCUGAUAAAGCAAGACAUCUGAGGCUUUUGUGGGAUUUUGUGUUGCAAAGACAGAAAGCUGUGAUUCUACCAUUGAACUUAAUUUGUAUAAAAAAUGGUCAACUUGUUAAUGCUAGUCCUCAUUACUUUGCAAAAAGGAUGUGGCCACUUUUCUUUUUUUAACAGGUACACAUUUGUUUCAUUUAAUAUAAGUUUCUUUAAUUGCUUACAGCAUUUAUAUAUAUAUUAUAUAUAUAUUAGGUGUAAUGAUAAUAUUAUUAUUUUAUUUUUAUUUUUUUUAUUGAGAAAGAAAUCCACAUGCAUAGAAACAAUUUCUGCAUUUGGUUAUUUGUUUAUUAUGUCAGUAUGAUAAGCCUCGGCUCGUGAGGAUGAAUCUUAAAAUAAUGUCUGGGUCAUAUUUUAUCACAAAUAUUUGCAAAAUAAAUACAUUUUGCAUUGAAAUAAAUCAAAUGAAUCCUGUUUGUUGUGGAAUUUUGUUCAUAUGACCCAGGCAUGUUUUUAAGAGAUAUUUGCAUUGCAUGCUCUUUAAUAAUUCAGGACUAAAUUAUCUGAAGCAUUCCAUACAUAUAUUGCAGUUGGAAUUGUAUCUGUGAAUAAGGACCUAAAUGUGUUUCUGCUCUUUGUUUGUUUUAUUUCUUAACAGCAGUAAUUUUCUGAUUUUAUAUAUAUAUAUAUCUCAAAUAAUCAGAGAGCGAGAGCGAGAGAUAGUAUUCAGAUUUACUGGAUGCUUUGCUGUGGCUCUAAAGCAUGUUUUAACUCAAGGUUUGCUUCUGUUCAGGAAUUGUUUAUUAUGCAAGCUUUUUAAUUUAUAGGAUAUAAGACUGGAGACAUGUAUCUUGGCAUUCAAGUGUAUUUCUUUCCUUUUGUAAAUGGUGAAUAAAGUGCGACUGAAACAGUGA